AUGCCGUGGACUAGCACGAACAGAAUUUACGCGAAACCCUCAAACACAAGCGCAGGCGAAGGUGGUCCGUAUUCCUUGACGGGCCCCAGAUCCGCCACUACGGCCGCUGAGGACACAGGGGGCCGGUUUGAAUUAAGCGAUCACGGUUAUGGAAAAAGUUCCGUUAAGCUCUUGCAUGUGCAUCGUGACGGAAAUUAUCAUGUAAUCCGAGAAUUUGAAGUGUCCACAGAAUUAAAACUUGUAAGUGAAUCUGCAUACAUUGCUGGCGAUAAUAAGGAAGUUGUCGCCACUGACUCACAGAAGAACACCGUUUACUUGCUUGCUAAGAAGCAUGGAAUUAAGACUCCUGAAGAGUUUGGUGCAGUUGUUGUGAAUCAUUUCUUAUAUACAUAUCGGCAAAUCGUAGAAGCAAAGUGCCACAUUAUUGAAUAUCCCUGGGAAAGACUGCAAGCGGGUAUACCACACAAUCAUGCUUUCGUUUUUGCGCCGACAGCGACACGAUGGUGUGAAGUUUCCCAAGCACGACACGAGGCUGUCAUUGUAAAAUCAGGUUUGAGAGAUUUACGUGUUUUAAAGACGACACAGUCCUCUUUCGUUGACUUCGUACAAGACGAGUAUACCACGCUAACAGAUGCUCCAGAAAGAAUAUUCAGUACGAUAGUGGAAGCAGAAUGGACCUACGAUAAUAUGAAAUCAGCAGAUUUUGACAAUGCUUGGUUGACCGUGAAAGAUGCUAUAUUGGAAAAGUUUGCUGGACCACCUGAUACGGGGGUUUAUUCACCAUCAGUACAACACACACUUUACCAAGCUGAGAAAACCGUCCUAGAAAAAGUUUCCGAGAUCACUUGGAUUAAAAUGACAAUGCCGAACAAACAUUAUCUAAAUAUCGACGUUUCCAAAUUCCCCGCGAACGUCACGAAAGGCGACCCUCGGCAUUACAUUUACCAGCCCAUCGACAAACCGGCGGGUCUCAUCUACGCGCAGCUUCGCAGACGUCCUAAAAGUCACUUGUGACCUUGAGUGCACUAGACUGCCAAUAUCAGUCUGCCUCAGGACUAAGAUAGAAAUAUUAUCAUAGAAUAUACUACAACUUGUUGCGGAUUUUGAUUGUCCAGCAAUUAAUUUUCUUUUGUGUUUCUGUUGAAUAUUGUUGACGUUAAUAUUAUUCUCAAUUAAACAAUUUAACAAUUCCUUAUACUAGAGGUCAUACAUGUAAACUUUGUGUAAUGAAAUAAGUUUUUAUAUAUAUAUAUUUUUUUUAGUACUCUCAUAAAGUUUUAAAAUUGUUUCUUGUCAACUUAACUAAGAAGCACAUGAGGCUAUAAAAAUCUAGUCAAGAUGAAAUCUCAGCGAUGUGCUUUUAGACAGUAGAAAUAAAAUAUUUUUACAAUGAUGACAUGCUGAAAUCAUGUUUUUAGUACAAUUACGAUAUUAAAUACUAUAUUAAUAAAGUGAAUAAGUAUUAAAAA